AUCCUCCUUGCCGUUGCAGGGAAGGAAGGCUGGCACACAGCGAGGCGCCUCCUCCUGCAUCCCUGCCUCUCCCCAUCCCUCGCUGCCACCGCGCCUUGGACAGAGAAGAGGAGGAGGAGGAAGAGGAGGAGGAGGAUGCUCCUCCUUAGAGCCUCAACCUGGGUCCAGGGCGCGCAUUGAGGAGCCAGAUGGGGACCAGCUGAUAGGGAAGAAGAGGAGGAGGAGGAAGAAGGGGCACUGCUUUUGUUCCCUGCCUUGCAAGGAAAGACGGGAGGAGAGGAAGAAGAAGAGGCGGAGGAGGCGUCAGGUGGAGGGACUAGUUGCACGUUAUUCCAAGCCGCACAUCACCAUGGCAUGCCUGCACGAGACCCGCACACCUUCCCCCUCCUUUGGCAGUUUCAACACUAUCCUAGCGGAGAGCUCCCUCCGAAAAUUGGACCCGGAUGCUUUAGACAGCACCCCGGAAAAGGACCUUACGCCGACGCAGUGUGUGUUGAGGGACGUGUUGCCCAUCGAUGGCGGAGGAGGAGGUGGAGGGGGGCACAGCCCUACCCCCAGCGAAGAGACCCAUGACCAGUUUGCCAACAGUGUCCUGCAGCUCCAUGAAAAUGAAGCUGGGGGCCACGGAGGAGGAGGUGGGGCUGGUGCAGGGGCCGGGGCUGGCAAUCCAGAGGUACGGGCCACUCGCUACCAUGCUGACCAGGUUCGUCUCCACUGCCAGUCUGGGAGUGGCUUCCUGGAAGGCCUCUUCGGUUGCCUGAAGCCCGUCUGGACCAUGAUUGGCAAAGCGUAUUCUACUGAACACAAACAGCAACAGGAAGACCCAUGGGAAGUACCCUUUGAAGAGAUUAUGGACUUGCAGUGGGUGGGCAGUGGGGCGCAGGGGGCUGUCUUCCUGGGACGCUUCCAUGGGGAGGAGGUGGCUGUCAAGAAGGUGCGAGACCUCAAGGAGACAGACAUCAAGCAUCUGCGGAAGCUGAAACAUCCCAACAUCAUUACCUUCAAGGGCGUUUGUACCCAGGCUCCUUGCUACUGCAUCAUCAUGGAGUUCUGUGCCCAGGGCCAGCUGUAUGAGGUGUUGCGAGCCGGGCGCAAGGUCACACCCUCCCUGUUGGUCGACUGGUCUAUGGGCAUUGCCGGCGGCAUGAAUUACCUGCACCUCCAUAAGAUCAUCCACCGUGACCUCAAGUCACCCAACAUGCUGAUUACUUAUGAUGAUGUGGUGAAGAUCUCUGACUUCGGUACCUCCAAAGAGCUCAGUGACAAGAGCACCAAGAUGUCCUUUGCCGGCACAGUGGCCUGGAUGGCGCCAGAAGUCAUUAGGAAUGAACCUGUUUCUGAGAAGGUUGACAUCUGGUCCUUUGGCGUUGUUCUCUGGGAGUUGCUAACAGGAGAGAUCCCUUACAAGGAUGUAGAUUCCUCAGCCAUAAUCUGGGGUGUGGGUAGUAACAGCCUCCACCUGCCUGUACCAACCAGCUGCCCUGAUGGUUUCAAGAUCUUGCUAAGACAGUGCUGGAAUAGCAAACCUCGGAACCGUCCGUCUUUCCGCCAGAUCCUGCUGCACCUUGACAUUGCAUCAGCUGAUGUUCUCUCUACGCCACAGGAGACCUACUUCAAAUCCCAGGCCGAAUGGCGGGAGGAAGUAAAACUACAUUUUGAAAAAAUUAAAUCAGAGGGAACAUGUCUACACCGCUUGGAGGAGGAGUUGAUCCACCGACGGCGAGAAGAACUCAGGCACGCUUUGGACAUCCGGGAGCACUACGAGAGAAAGCUGGAGCGGGCCAACAAUCUUUAUAUGGAGCUCAAUUCCCUGAUGUUACAGCUGGAGCUCAAGGAAAAGGAGCUGCUCCGGCGGGAGCAAGCUCUGGAGAAGAAGUAUCCAGGGCUCUUUAAGCACCAUCCAUCCCGGAGCCUCCUCCAUGGCAACACAGUGGAGAAGCUGAUCAAGAAGAGGAACGUGCCUCAGAAACUCUCUCCACACAGCAAGAGGCCUGACAUUCUGAAGACAGAGGUGAUCAUGGACCCAACUCUUCCCCAGCUUGCCAUCCCCGUGUGCCAGAAAGGCCCUCCCUCCCCGGGGCGCAGUCGCCGCGCUAAGUCACGCUACCGCAAGGUCAGCUCCCGGGGCAGUUGUGGGGAGCUGGCCGAACCUGCGGGAGCCAAGCGCCUGGAGCCUUGUGCCGCGCUGCGAGGCCUUCAGCACGACCUCCUCCUCCGCAAGAUGUCGUCUUCCAGCCCUGACCUCAUCUCCACGACUCUGGGGGCCGAGAGCCGCAAAGGGGAAACCGGGCCUGAAUCCCCGCCGACGGAGCAGCCCCGCAGUGAGACCCCCAGUGAAGAUACUGCCUCAGUGCCGUGCUCCAGCAGCCCCGAGUCUCCCUCUUCGCGACAGGGUGCUGUCGGGCCAUCAGGGAAGGCAAGGCUACAGCCGGGAGAGGAGGCCGAGCGGGACCAGGGCCGAGGCAGUCGAUCCGGGGCCGCCUCUCAAUCCCAGCACCUCACGCCAGCAGCUCUCUUGUAUCGGGCAGCUGUCACUCGGAGCCAGAAGCGUGGGGUCUCCUCAGAGGAGGAGGAGGGCGAGGUGGACAGUGAAGUAGAGCUUCCACUCCGGCAAAGGUGGCCUCAGGCCAUGAGCAAGCGGCAGUCACUCUCCACUUUCAGCUCUGAGAACUUCUCUGACGCGGAUGGCGAAGAAGGCACUGCCAGUGAGGGCACAACGGCUUCCCACAGCGGUGGCACACCAGACGUGGCCAGCACCAAUACAGACGAGCGGCUGGACGCAGAGCGCUCAGAUGAUGAUAUCCUGGGUCACUCGGAUGGGCUGUCUGAAAAGGAGGCGGCCAUCCGUCUUGUCAAACGCCAACUCAGUGCUGAGCAGAAUGGAGGGGAGGACCCUACUGCCUAUGAGGAUUCUGACUGCGACAUUGCCGAACUGGACCAUUCAGGCAGUGGAGAGGUGCAGAGACUUCCAGACAUGCCCAAUUUGUGAUCUCACCUGCUCGGCUUUCCUUUCCCCAGGUUGUACAGACCCCCUCCCUUCCUCCACCUCCCUGCACCAACACCGCCUCCCCAGAUAUUUAUAUAAAUAAUCUAUAAAGAUCUAUAUAAAUCUAUAUUAUCGCAUAAUCUCUGGAAGGAGAGCCAGCACGCCUCAUCGUCUCCCUCCCCUCCCUCACUUCUGGUUCCUACAUUCUCUCGGACUGGCUGGGUAUGCGUGUGUGGGUGUCGAGGGUCAUGCCCUGCCAUCGGGGCUCGCUGUUUGUACUCGGGGCAGCUGAAGAUACAGAACAAAUGAACACAGAACAAACCAACCUGUAGCCAUUGCCCUUGCAACUCGGCAGAACAGCUUGUGUCCUACGGCGGGAGGAAUCGGUCCCUUCUUCUCUGCUUCCUAAAGUCCUGAAUGUUGUAAGCUCCAAAAGACCCACCUGUUCUACCAGGAUCCAUUGAUGGGUCCAAGGAACAGAGAGAUUGAUUGAGAAAAGAGUUUGGCUGGAAACCUGGUGUUUUUGUCUCCCAGAGGAAGUGGCAACAUGCAUCAACAGGGCUCCAAAGUGCUUUGCCAUAUCUUGGAUGGAGCGUGUGUAUCCUGGGCCUCAGCCAGACUGUCUCUGAGAGGGACUUAAUGCAUGUUGGACCACAGUCAGCAUGGAAACUCCCCCUUCCCCGUGUUCCACUAAGCCACAGCGUGAAAAAUAAGUCUUUCUCAUUCAUCCCUUGUAGCCCUUCACACAACCAAAGCCAGAGUGUAACAACCUCUCUUCUUCCCAACGCACACAUACACGCUUCAGUUCUUGGGAAUGGGGCUCAGAGCUCAAAAACUGCUCCCAUCCCUCACCUUCCAGCACUCAACUCUACUGGGUGGGUGUGGGCAGGUGUAGAUAUAUGCACACACAA